AUGUUAAAAAGGGGUAAAAAAAGUAUAACGGGAAAAACAAUUGGUCCACAUGGAUCCCAAAUUAAAAGAAUUAAACCUCAAUCAACAAGAAAAAUAAUUAGAAGAUAUCAUUUUUUAUUACAAAGGAAGCAAUUAUUAUUAAGAUGGUUGAAUUUCCAAGACACAUCAACAUUAGAGAGGGAUGACAAUGAAAUUAUGGAACUUGUCACAUUGAAAAGUCCAGAAUUCAUAAAAGGUUGGAAGAUCCGUGGAGAUAGUUUAAAAUCGAGAGAUUUGAAGAUCGAGGAACAAUUAGUCAAAUUACCACAGAGUGGGAAACAGAAUGAUCCAAGUCAGUUAUGUUUUUACUUAGGAUACAUUAUGAAAGAAUUAAAAGAUGAAAGUGGAAUAAAUCUUUACCAGGAGGCUAGUAGAAUGGGCCAAGAUGCCAACCGUGGUGGAGAUUCAUCUAAGAUACUUAUACGAUGGAUCAAAGAAAAUGAAUAUGAUCUGACUGAUUCAACAGCGUUAGAGAUUGGCUCAUUGAGUAGAUAUAAUGUAAUUAGUACGUGUGGGAUAUUUAAUAGCGUGACUCGUAUAGAUUUAAAUAAUUAUAAUGAUGAAGAUGGGAUAAUACAGCAAGACUUCAUGGAACGACCUAUACCGAAGACUGAUAACAAUCGGUUUGAUUUAAUAUCAUGCUCUCUGGUAUUAAAUUUUGUUCCAACACCGAUAGAAAGAGGUUCAAUGUGUUUAAGGUUCUCCGAAUUUUUAAGAAGGGAUAGACCCUCGUAUUUAUUUAUAGUGUUACCAUUACCAUGUAUUAAUAAUUCGCGAUAUAUGACAUUAGAUUAUUUUACUGAGAUGUUUGCAUCAUUGGGAUAUAAAAGGAUAAAAUAUCAUGAGGCUAAGAAAGUAUGUUAUUUUUUAUUUCUUUUUAAUGAAGACGGUAAAUCAAAUGAGUCAUUUAAGAAUUAUUCAAGAAAACAUAAAUUAAAGGAUGGUCCUUCGAUGAACAAUUUCAGUAUUACUCUACCGUAA